AUAAUAACGUGAAACCAAAAGCAGAAAAAGAGGUAGCACCUGUUGAUGAAGCAGAAAAGCAGGUCAAUCCUCCCAAGGAAGAUUUGCUCAAUGAAGGGGAGAAGCAGGAGGAGGCUGCGGAACGGCCGGAGGAGCGUGACUCGGAGCAGGAGGUGGCGCCAGCAGAAAAACCUAAGCCGGCAGUUCCUCCUAAAGUUAUUGACGCAGUUGAAAUGGCGGUGAAGGUCUUUG